AUGUUACUUACCAGCGCUCUCUUACUGUUGAGCGCUACUUUGCCUGCACGGAGCGCCUCUUUGUCGGCAACCACGGGAGCACGAUAUCAGGCUCCUGAUGAGUGUCGUUGGACAACUGACAACGAUGAGUCUGGUGUAACGUUACAGUGUAGAUUAAGGACAAUAAACAGCGAAUUAGAAAAUACGAACUUUAGUGCUAUACAACCUCAUCUUACCGUAAGAUUACGACUUGAAUGUAGUGACGCAUUGUUCUUUCAAAGUUCUUUGGCACCUGGAAGUUUUCGCCAGUUAAUAGAGCUACGCGAACUUACAAUAGAAUACUGCAAAAUCGGAAACCUUACAGAUGGAGCAUUUACGGGACUCCGUGAGUUGAAAAAUUUAACAAUCAGAACGCAUAAUACAGAGUGGGCGACUAUGUCACUAGAGAUAACACCGACAGCUUUCUCCAGAGAUAUACAAAAUUUGGAAAGAUUAGAUUUGAGUGAAAACAACAUGUUGACGUUUCCUGAAGGAGCUCUUUGUUCUUUAAGAAAUCUUGAAUAUUUAAACAUGACUAACAAUCGAAUGAGAGACAUAAGUCAUUUUCAAUUUUCAACAGCUCAUCGACACCCUACUGAAAAAUGCGGAGACAAUCUUUUGAUUUUAGAUUUGUCGAAAAAUGUAAUAGAUACAGUACCCCCAGGACUUCUUUCUGGGUUAAAACGAUUACAAAAGCUUUAUCUCCAGGGCAAUGGACUUAAUUCUGUUGCUGACAGAGCAUUAGAAGGAUUAAUUUCUUUGACAACAAUUCGCUUCUCUGACAACCAGCUCACAAGUUUGCCCCCUGAAUUAUUUAGCGAUACAAAAGAUCUAAAAGAAAUAUACCUUAAUAAUAAUACAAUUACCGUAUUAGCGCCUGGAUUAUUUAGCGACCUUUUACAACUGCUCGUCCUAGAUUUGUCACAUAACGAGUUAACGUCUGAUUGGAUUAAUACUUCAACAUUUACAGGAUUAAAGCGCUUAGUGUAUCUAGAUUUCUCACACAACAGAGUUUCUAAAAUGGAAAUAGCUUUAUUCAGAGACCUACAAAAUUUACAAAUUUUGAAGAUGCAGGAUAAUUUUAUAGAACAUAUACCAGAAAAUGUGUUCAGCUCUCUUAAUAAUUUACACACGUUAAUUUUAUCAAAUAAUCGAUUGACUAACAUUGAAAGUUAUGCCUUUUUUGGGAUGCCAAUGCUUACUAUCCUUUCUAUAGAUAGCAAUCGCAUUUCAAAAAUACAUCCUCAUGCUUUCCGCAAUUGUUCAACUUUACAAGACCUGCAUAUAAAUGGGAAUCGAUUGGACGAAGUUCCAAUCGCUCUUAAAGAUAUUCCGCAAUUAAAAACUCUUGACCUAGGUGAGAACUUAAUUGUAAGCAUUGAAAAUGCAUCAUUUAUGACUAUGCAACAAAUGUAUGGAUUAAGAUUAACUGAAAAUAACAUUGGCAAUAUAAGCAAGGGCGUAUUCGAUAAAAUGACCUCUCUAAAAAUACUGAACUUGUCUCGAAACAAAAUUCACAAAAUAGAAGCUGGAGCAUUCGACGGAAGUGUGAAUUUACAAGCUAUAAGACUCGAUGGAAACUACUUGACAGAAAUCGGCGGCCUUUUCGCUAAAUUACCCAACUUAGUAUGGUUGAACAUAUCUGAUAACCGUUUAGAAUGGUUCGAUUACGCUAUGAUUCCAACUGGCUUGCAAUGGCUAGACAUUCACGCAAACAGAAUUGCCGAACUUGGAAAUUACUUUGAAAUUGAAUCGCAGCUGUCACUUAGUACUUUUGAUGCAAGCUCAAAUAGGCUAACUGAGAUAACUGGAAGUGCAAUACCAAACUCAGUUGAAAUGUUAUACUUAAAUGAUAAUUUAAUUUCUAAAGUUCAGUCUUACACCUUUUUCAAGAAACCCAAUUUAACACGAGUUGAUCUGUACGGAAAUAAAAUAACAAGCUUAGACCCAAAUUCAUUAAGAAUAUCUGCAGUUCCUCAAGAUAAAUCCGUUCCCGAAUUUUUUAUAGGCGGAAACCCAUUAGAAUGUGAUUGCACCAUGGAGUGGCUACAAAAAGUUAAUACUGGAAACCGAGCCAGAACGCAGCCAAAGCUUAUGGAUUUGGAUAGUAUACACUGCAAAUUAUUAUAUAAUCGUGGCAACGCACACGUACCUUUAGUUGAGGCAGCACCUCAUCAAUUUUUAUGUAAAUAUGAAUUUCAUUGUUUUGCGCUUUGUCACUGCUGUGAUUUCGACGCAUGUGAUUGUGAAAUGACUUGUCCUAAUAAUUGUACUUGUUAUCAUGACCAGUCGUGGUCGGCUAAUGUUGUGGAAUGCACAAGCGCUGGUUAUGUGAAUUCAUUACCCGAAAGAAUACCAAUGGAGGCCACGCAACUCUAUCUAGAUGGCAAUGACAUAAAAAUGCUUCCAAGUCACGCAUUUAUAGGAAGAAAAAGGUUAAAAAUAUUGUACUUAAACUCGUCGAAAAUUGAAGCAAUUCAUAACAGAACAUUCAAUGGAUUAAAGGAGUUAGAAAUUUUACGUUUAGACUACAACAAUUUGAACAAAUUAGAAGGACAAGAAUUUGAUGGAUUAGACAAUUUACGUGAACUGUACAUAAACAACAAUAACAUUCGCAGUAUCGGAAAAGACAUGCUUAAUAAUAUGCCACGUUUGAAAAUAUUACACUUGGAUCAUAAUCGAUUAAUAACGAUAUCAGUGUGGCAAAUCAGUCCAGCCCUGACUGAAAUAACUUUAUCUUAUAAUCCAUGGUCAUGUGACUGCGAAUACACAGAAAUGUUCAGAGAAUGGGCAAAGAGGGUGACCUAUAUUUAUGAUCUAACCGACAUAAAAUGCAUAUACAGUAAGAGAAAUAUUACAGAUGUAAUUCCAUAUAAUGAAAGCAUAUAUAGCGAACCCGAUUCUGGUUUUAAAAUAUUAGAAGAAAAUAACACUUUAUGUACAGGAUUACCUAGUAUUAACAAUAGCAUUAACGGAAAUCUCACUGCAACAAAAACCAUCAUCACAAGUGAAGAAGUGCCUGAUUACAUACCCCUGCUUAUCACAGCAUUUGGUAUUUUAGUUCUAGUAUUAUUUUUGAGUCUCCUUAUAUUUAUAUUUAGACAGGAGAUGAAGUUAUGGUUUCAUUCUAAAUUUGGUGUACGGCUGUUUCAUCGUGCAAAUGACAUUGAUAGAGAUGACCGUGAAAAAAUGUUCGACGCUUUUGUUACCUACAGUUCAAAAGAUGAAGCCUGGGUAGCGUCGGAGUUAGUCCCUAUGCUUGAACGUGGUGACCACUCCUAUAAAUUAUGUUUGCCAUAUCGCGAUUUUGCAGUCAGCGGGAACGUCGUGGAAAAUCUGACUAGAGCAGUGCAAUCAUCUCGUCGCACAAUAAUGGUAUUAAGUGAAAAUUAUAUAAAAUCUGAAUGGAGUAGUAUUGAAUUUAAAUCAGCACACCUCCAAGUUUUAAGAGACAGAAGAAGAAGACUUAUAGUUGUUCUAAUUGAUGAUGUUCCGCCAAAGGAUCUUGAUCCCGACUUACGACUGUACUUAAAAACGAAUACGUAUUUGCAUUGGAGUGACAAAUCGUUUUGGGAAAAGUUAAGAUUUGCUCUACCCGACGUACCAAGUAACCAGCGGUGCCAUGGCGCACCAAGUCCCGUCGCAGGUGGCGCACCAAUGCACCGACAUGUUCAAGCUCGAGCCCAUAUGGGGGCAUUGCCACCGCCACCAGUGCACGGAGCACACCCAGUAUUACCUCCACACCCAUCUCAUAUUGCACAUCAAUUACCCCCGCGUGCCUCGCCACGUACUUUAUCAGCUCACGUUUGA